ACCGGAAACUGCCGGUAUGGCUGCCGCCGUUCAGGGAAGUCCACGUACGGGCGACGAAUCGUCGGAGAGUGAGAAUGAAACUGAACCGGCCAAAAUAUUCCACCGGAAAUUGUCUACCAAGAAGGACGUUAAAUCAGCGACAGCCAUCAAGGAAGGUUACUUAAUGAAGCAAACAUGGUCAUUCCAGCGAUGGCGCCGAAGGUACUUUCGAUUGAAAGGACACAAGCUGUAUUACGCUAAGGACAGCAAGAGCGAUCUGUUCGAUGAAAUCGACCUCUCCAACCUGUGCUUUGCCGAGUGCAGUACGAAGAAUGCGAACCACAGCUUCCAGUUAAUCACACCUACCCGUUCGCUAGUGUUGUGUGCAGAAUCACGCCGAGAAAUGGAGGACUGGCUGCAGGCAUUGAAAGCUGCUUCGGCACGUGAAUUUUUCGAACCAGGACCACCAGAUCAACACGAUUUCCUUUCCGGUCAUCAUCAUUGGUACGCAACGUCACAUGCACGGCCAACGUACUGCAACGUGUGCCGCGAGGCCCUGUCUGGCGUCACUUCCCACGGACUGUCCUGUGAGGUGUGCAAAUGCAAAGUACACAAACGCUGCGCUGCCAAGGCAAUAUCAAACUGCAAAUGGACAACGCUCGCGAGCGUCGGCAAGGACAUCAUCGAGGACUGCGAUGGGAACAUCGUGAUGCCUCACCAGUGGAUGGAAGGCAAUCUGCCCGUUUCGUCCAAGUGCCUCGUGUGCGACAAGACGUGCGGUUCCGUGAUGCGUCUGCAGGACUGGCGUUGUCUUUGGUGCCGGUCAACGGUACACACAGCUUGCCGGCCCCAGGCACCAAACUCGUGCCCACUAGGUCCUGCCCGCGUAUCCAUGGUUCCGCCAACCUCGCUACAUUCGAUCGGACUGGACGAGGCGUGGGACGUGUGCAAGCCCCACGGCAGUUUCUCGCCCCUGCUCGUGUUCGUCAACUCGAAGUCGGGCGACAAUCAGGGGGUGAAGUUUCUCCGUCGCUUCAAGCAACUCCUGAAUCCGGCCCAAGUAUUUGAUCUUAUCUCGAGUGGGCCUGGCCUCGGGCUGCGCCUGUUCCGCCAUUUUGAUCCAUUUCGCAUACUGAUCUGCUCUGGGGACGGGUCUGUCGGUUGGGUCCUUAGCGAGAUAGACCAUCUAAACAUGCAGAAACAAUGCCAAAUAGCAGUGCUUCCGCUGGGCACGGGUAACGAUCUGGCACGUGUCCUCGGCUGGGGAAGCUCCUGCGACGAUGACGCACACCUGCCGCAGCUGCUGGAACGGUACGAGAAGGCCAGUACAAAAAUGCUUGACAGAUGGAGUGUAAUGGUUUUUGAACGAGAUAUUGGCAUCGCGACAACACGCACGCCGAAGAUGUCGAUCUCGCACUAUGCGGAUCCGCUCCUGUCCCAGUACGAAGACAGCGCCUUGUGGCAUCUGCAGUCAAUUGUCUACAACGAAGACACCCAGAUGAUGAUACAAUCGACGAGAAUCCUAUGCGAAACGGUCAAUGACUUUAUUGCUAGAGUAAGAGAAACCAGCUCCGACGAAGAGCAAUUAAGCGUCAAAUGUGAUAUUUUAAGACAAAAGUUAGGAAUGUUAUUAGAUACUCUGAAGGAUGAGGAAGCUGGUCUUCAUGGUGACGACGAAUUAUUUAGAACACUGAAAGAAAUUGCUCAAAAAAGUGCCUCAGAAAGACCAAUAGAUUCAAAAACAAUAGAGAAAAACGAAAAAGAUAAACUGAAUUCCAAAGAGCGCAUCAGUAGAAUAGACCGUCGUUCAGAGAAGGAAGCACUUUUAUGCCGGGCCAACAGCCUCAAGCGAGCAAUACACGAAGUGGUGGAGAUGAGCGAAAAAGUAAUCCCGUACGCACCACAGAAGCGCCUUUCCGUUCCUAUGAACACACUUAGAGCCACCGCUUCCUCAUCGGAUAAUUCAGCCAACACAUCACCGGCAACGCUUCCACCACCUCCCGGCAUGAUAUCGCCCUCGGUGUCUACAUCACGAUUGACCUGCAUCUCACCCCUGCCCGAUAUGCGUCGCGAUUCAAUGGACGAGCACUUUUUCAGCACCCUCAACCUGCCCGUACCGAAACAAUUUGCCGACGGUGGUAGUCGCCGCAGUUCCGGGGUACCGGAGUCAUACCGCAUCUCCAGCAUCGAGGAGCUGGAAGAGAACAGUGUACACACGGAACCGAAGCUGGCAGAACCCAUCCUCGAACCACCGAUGGAGGGUGAGUCCGAGCUAGCAACCGACAAUCAGGCCCGCGAUCAGGACGAUACGUUGAAUCAAAAAUCCACCACCACCACAACGUCCGAUUCGCAGUCAACUACCGCACCGUACGAUUUUUCCUUCGAAUCGGACACAAAGACGGUAAAGUUUGAUCUCGAUCCGAAUAGCGCCUUCGAGCGGUUGGGCUUCAAACCGUUUAAGAAAACCAUCGAACAGCAUCACCAGCAGCAGCUGGCCGUGCUAGACAACGGGCAGCAGCGCAGCGAAGGCGGUUACGUGCAGUUUCAGCCUAUUGAAGUGUACGAGCGUAACUACUAUCGUGCCCAGGCCCAGCGCUUGGGCGCACCGGGUUCGUGUAAAGUUGGUCUGGCUGGUUCCGAGCCGACUGCAACGAAACAGGGCUCUUCGUGUAACAACAUGCUGCAGGUGCCCACUAUCUGCAUUCCGAGUCUUGAGAAACCACCGGAAAAUAUCUACUUUAGCGAAAACAUUACUAUCAUCGAUACGGACAUGCCGGAACGAUCGUCUUCCGAUGAGGUACCCGGCGAUGGCAGUGAUAUCCUAUCAGCAAUAAGCAACGAAGAAUGUAGCGUUACUUCGGAGAUACUCGAUAGACAAUCAGAUAACAACUCGCAGGUUCAUGUAGGUGAUAUUAUACAGGACUUAGACAACGAUCGCUUCAGCCACAUCGAUUCACCGGAAACGAGCGACACCACGGAAGCAUUGCACGGCGAAAGCCUAAUGGAUGACAUAAGCUCAGUGCUGGGACAGGACUUACUCGGUGCUUUGCAAGACAACACAAUCACCGAAGACACGACCACGCUCUGCACGCUCGACCAUACGAGGCGCCGUAGCUUUAAGGCUAAGCAGCAGCGCAACGAUGCCGUUGAGCUCGAACAGUGCGGGUUUGAAAACCGUGUGUUCGAUAUCGAUAAUCGGUGCGAUGAUCAGAAGGUGAAGGAGCCUCGUUUCUGCAGUUUGGCGAAAUUCGUCGAGGGCAACGAUAUUGCACGCAAGAGCUUCAAGCGUCCUCAUCGUGGCAUGCCGCGUACUAUCGGGACAGGAUUCACCAACCGUCUGUCGGUCGGUGAGAAUGAGUAUGAAAACAUCAAAACAUUCACACGCAAUCUGCUACCGAUACAUGGUUCACCGUCCGAUGUGUCCGUGUCCGAAACGGACACAGUUCGUUCGUCUGGUUUCGAGUAUAAGAAGCUCGUGUCCGCGGCAAAUGCUGAAGAUGAAGACGAAAGUCUGCCGGAUGAUGAUUUGGGUGAGCGAUCUUCUAGUGAAAAUGAUGAACCGCAGGGUAACACACAGGCAGAAGACGAUGACGAUGACGAGGAGGACGAUGAAAAGGAUGAUCGUGAAGAUGGUCAGGACGAGGGAGAGCUGGAUGACGAUGGCGAUAAGGAGCUGAUUGGGCACGAUGAGCAUGAGAAGGACGAUCGAAGUGAAAAAAGCUUCCGAUUACCCUGCAUCCCAACGAUAAACGUAGUAGUGGAACCACCGUCUCCUGCCAUUAGUGACGAAUUGCGAUCAUUGCGUGUGCCGGAGAUAAGACGACAUUCUGAGCAUACACCGAAUCUUUUGGCACCGCGUGAAAUCGACAUACAUCGUCGACACUCGAACAACAAUCCGAAUCUGUUGGGUUUCGACUCGGAACACAUUCGCUUCCUAAACUGUUCACCGGCAGCAUCGAGGCGCAUCAGCAGUGGCAGUUUGCUGUUCAAACCGGAGGGAUUGGGUAGCUCCAAGAGUAACAUCUUCAGCUCCAACUUGGGAUUGUUCAAUCUGGACAAGGACUCGGAAGCCAGGGAGGACAGGAGAAAGGAGGAAAAGGAAGAGAAAGUGAAGAAGCUUCCGAUUAUCAACCCUCUCGUUCGUUUGCCAUCUUGGCCAAAUGUAAGCACUGGUACCGGUUUUAUAUCGAAGUGUUUGCUUGCUAACGCUGACACGCUGUGUGCCGCUGUAAGCCCACUGAUGGACCCGGAUGAAACGCUGCUCGAAGGAUACUAUGAAAAGGCGGUUAUGAACAACUACUUCGGCAUUGGUAUCGAUGCAAAAAUUUCACUCGAUUUUCACAACAAACGCGAGGAACAUCCGGAAAAGUGUCGAUCACGUGCCAAGAACUACAUGUGGUAUGGUGUGCUUGGGUCGAAACAAUGGUUGCAGAAAACGUACAAGAACCUCGAACAAAAGGUACAGCUCGAGUGCGAUGGACAGCGUAUUCCGCUGCCCUCGUUGCAAGGCAUCGUGGUGCUAAACAUUCCCAGCUUUAUGGGAGGCACUAACUUCUGGGGCAGUAAGAAGGAGGAUGACUGCUUCCUGGCCCAGAGCUUCGACGAUCGCAUACUGGAGGUUGUGGCAGUGUUUGGAUCGGUACAGAUGGCCGCCUCACGACUCAUCAACCUACAGCAUCACCGGAUAGCGCAGUGUCAAAGCGUGCAGAUUAACAUUCUCGGUGAAGAAUGUGUUCCGAUACAGGUGGACGGAGAGGCUUGGCUGCAACCGCCCGGAAUGAUACGGAUCAUACACAAAAACCGUGUACAGAUGCUGUGCCGCAAUCGGAGCCUGGAGGUGUCACUGAAGAGCUGGCAGGAGAAGCAACGGCAGCACAGUAUCAGCAUCGCAAGGGAACAACCGUCCACCGCUUCCGAGCAUCACAUUGCGCCGACGGAGGACAUGUUUUCGGAGCGCGAAACGUAUCUGCUGCUGAACUUUAUCGAGUGUGUCAGCACGCUGGUAAAGUGGGUGAAGUUUCUUAUCAUAUCACACCCUUCGCUGCAGCCGAACCUUUACGUGGUGGCCUCGAAGACAGCGGAUGCGCUCGAGUCCAUUCAUCCGGGUGGUAAAAUCAUCGAGGGACCAAACCUCCGCCGGCAGCUAACACAGUUGGUCCGUUGUGCUAGACAGUUGUACGAGGAUACGUGUGAACUGUUGCGAGAGCGUAGCCACAGCCUGAUACUCCGUGAAGAUUUGGAAACGAAGCUCAGUGUGUCGCUGGCAAACAUGGAGAUGGAACUGGGUAAGUGCACGAUGCAGCAAUCGUCCGAAACCGGUGAAACCAGGGUGUAUCUGAACGUGUUGGCACCGAACGAAGAGAUUGAUCAUCGGAAAAAACAAAAACCGUUCUGGUUGCGAUUCCGCAGUGGCCAUAGCUCACAUCACGGCCCGGCAGCAACCGGAUCCGUACCGAAGGCAGCAACAACAUCACGCGAAACGGUCAGUAACUGGGGUGUGGGUGAGGUGGUCACUUGGCUGGAAGCGAUGCAACUGUCCGAGUACGUGGACAGUUUCAUCAAGAAUGACAUCCGUGGCAAAGAGCUACUAACGCUGGCGCGCCGUGAUUUGAAGGAUCUAGGCGUAACCAAAGUCGGACACGUAAAGCGUAUUUUGCAAGCAAUCAAAGACCUUGGAACAGGGUAGAUGUGUGACCAGGGCGAUGCUAUACCGCCAACGACCACCGAUGAG